CGCCAUGGCUGCUCCUGCUCCUGCUCCUCCCCUCUCUUUUCCUCACUACCCUGAGUUGAUAUUUGCUGCGAUCGACGCCAUAGAUGAGAAGGACGGAGCUAACAAAUCGACGAUUUCGAAGCACAUCGAAGCCACCUACGGCAACCUUCCGACGGCCCACUCAACUCUCCUCUCGCACCACCUCAACAAGAUGAAAGCCGCCGGCCAACUCAUCAUGGUUAAGAACAACUACGUUAAGCCCGACCCAGACGCCCCGCCCCGCCGAGGCCGAGGACGUCCGCCGAAAUCCAAGCAGCCUCUCCCACCAGACACCGUCCUAUCUCCGCCAAAGCCCAGAGGCCGUCCACCAAAACCGAGAGACCCUCUUGCUCCUAAGAAAGUUACCCCGUCUGUAAGUGGUCGGAAACGUGGACGGCCACCAAAGCUAGGGAGCUCUGCUACAAAAGGUCCAUCGCCGGCGGCGAGUGGUGAACGAAGGGGAAGAGGACGUCCGCCUAAGGUGAAAGCAUCUGUAGCUGCUCCGGUUGGGGCCUAAUUGAAAUAAA